GCCCUCAGCCGGAGCCUGGCGUCGGUUUUGCGACAGCCGUAAGUGCGGGCGGGCGGCGGAGCGGAGCGGACGGGGCGGCGGCGCGAUGAGGCCGCAGCAGGCGCCGGUGGCGGGCAAGGUGUUCAUCCAGCGCGACUACAGCGGUGGGACGCGCUGCCAGUUCCAGAGCAAGUUCCCCGCCGAGCUGGAGAACCGGAUUGACAGGCAGCAGUUUGAGGAGACAGUCCGGACGCUGAACAACCUCUACGCAGAAGCUGAAAAGCUCGGGGGCCAGUCUUACCUGGAGGGCUGCCUCGCCUGCCUGACUGCCUACACCAUCUUCCUGUGCAUGGAGACACACUAUGAAAAGGUUCUAAAGAAAAUUGCAAAGUUCAUUCAGGAACAGAAUGAGAAGAUCUACGCUCCUCAGGGCCUUCUGCUGACAGACCCCAUCGAAAGAGGAUUAAGAGUUAUUGAAAUUACCAUUUAUGAAGACAGAGGUUUGACCAGUGGAAGAUAAAACUGUGGAGUCUCAGAUGAAAGCUCACCGGUGGACUUGCUGUACCAAGGUUCCCCUACCUCCUACUUUAGAGCAUCAUUCCUUUCUCUGCUGCCAGAUCCACAGUGCCAUCUACUACAAGGACUAACUUCCUCAAACUGCUCCCCAGGGGGUGACCUAGCUGGUCAGCAUCCACUUUGCAGUAGAUUUGGAAGCAACAGGAUCACUUUUUCAUUUUUGUUUCUUUUGUUUUUUAUUUUGUUUUUUUCUCAAGAAAAGGCAGAAGUGGUAAAGCUGUGUUGUCUCCUGAAAGAAAUGGGGCUCUCAGCCCAGCAGAGGUUUGUUUUAGUCCUGUAAGUGCAGUGCUGUUCAUCCCUGGUUCUUAAACCCUUCUGUGUGUCAGUUGGGCUUUGGAAAGCUCCAGCUCAAAGCUGGCAAUUUCCCUCCAGCCCAGUGUAAGAGUGCAGAGAUACACAGUGCCUCUUCCAGUGAGGAGUGACUCAAGGCACCGUCCUUGUGGAAAACCAGAAGGGAAAAUGUUCCUUGAGUUAAGGUCUGGGUUAUCCCUGGGGGAGGGGGCUGUAGCCAGACUUUAACCCUGGUGGUUUUUCUGCCCCCGUGUCUGUGCUGGUGUUGGCCCCAUCAGUGCUCACAAGAGGGGCCUGGUCACUCAUGAAACAGUGAGCACAGUAAAGUGGAUGCUGAGCCAAUCAAAAUAACGAUUCCCACCCUUCUCUGAUUAACAUGUGAAGUGUAAAACUGUUUCUUUAUGGAUUUCUUACAUAUAAUUUAUAGGAAAACAUUGAUUUGACAAACUGUAAGAUACUGUGUAAGAUGGAUUUCUUAAUUCUGUCUCUGGCACACGCUGAGGAGCUGAGCUGUGCAUCCCUCAGCGUCCCCGUGCAUUGCUCAGCAGUACCUGCACGAGUGAAUUCCCCACACUCCAAGCUGGCUGAAUCCUUUCUCUCACAUCCUUUGCCCAUGUCAGAGCCCAGGUGUGGCAGGAACUCAGGAGUUCAGAGGAGACACUUUGGUGGAGGGGCUGGCUUGGUUGGUGGUGGUGCUGCAGGUGCUAAUUCUGGACAUGGAACUCCAGGCUCAUUCCUCAGCCACUGGGGGGGUUGAGAUUUGAUUAAUAUUUUCAUUGUAUAAAUUUGUUUUUUCUAAACUGUAACAGUGUUUGCCUUUCACAGCUGUUGCAAUAUGGGCAGAAGUACUGAUGGAUCAGUAAACCUUUUCUUAAACUGUG